AAAGAAGUUAUCUGUGCAAAAUUAACAAAGGAGGAUCAAGAUUCCUUGGAUGUUACGAUGCUUGGCAAACUUUUGCCCUGGUCCAACGAUGCGGUUCGUGGAUACUCUGUAUUUACGUAUACACAACAGCUGGACCAGUCAUUGGUUGAGUAUCUUCGCGAUCAACUGGGAAACUGGUGGUCAGCUGAUAUGCACACCCUAGUGGGCGGCAUGCACAGUUUGCCAGAAGCUUUCUUCAAGUGCAAAGAACACCCGUUGGUUACUGACGAUAUCCAAAAGCAGAAACAAGUUUACAAAAUUUGUUAUUAUUCAUCACCCUCUCAGCCAAACAACGAUUAUGUCAUUGUUUCCUGCUAUGCAAAUCCUUGCAAAUGUUUCCUGCUAUGCAAAGAACAGGAAUCUCACUACACAGCACGGGCUGUUAUCAUCACCACUCAAGUCAACAUAUUGCGGCAAAUUACGUUUGAGCCAAUUCAACCAACCCAGGAAGACAGGGAGGCCCUCAGAAAGAGUCAUCAAGCCAUUGAAGACAUGUUCACAGCACCUUCCACAAAGAUUAUCCUGCAAACCAAGACCAGAUUCUGGGAAGAAGAGAAGUACGAUAUCCAUGGUGGAUUUUCUAAGACCAACCUACCCAUUGGACAAAUACAUUACGUAAAGCCCGAUCCUCACUAUGUGGAUUCCACCAAGCAAGGAAUAAUUCUGAUUUACACCUGGAAAAAUGAAGCACUGCUUUUUGGUUCUUUGACUAAAGAUCAGGCAAAGAAGGAGGCAAUUGAGCAAGUUGGAGAAAUUCACCCUGAGAUCAAAGAAGAAGGAGCAGUUGAAAAAUGUAUUGUCCAUGCUUGGUACAGCCAACCCUCUUAUCAAGGUGCCUAUGGACUCUUGAAGACUACUCAAUUCAACAAUGUCAGAUAUUUGUGGGAACCAAUGGGUAAUGUGCAUUUUGCUGGCGAUAUCAUAUCAUUUACGGCUGGCUGGAUUCAAGGAGCUGUGGAAAGUGGCUUUAAAUCCGCUUAUCAAGUUUACGCACGUCACAUGAAGAGAGUUAAACUGGGAGGGAGAUGUUAA